AUGCGAAAGGUUCUGGCACUUUUGUGUAGCUCACAUAAUAAUUAUAGUGGCGGCACUAUUUUAAAUACUAUUACUGUCCAUAUAGAUGAAGGGGCUUUGGAGAUCAUCGAUGCGACGGAGUCGGAUUCCCAAUUUGAUGGCGAUGAAAUUUUCGAACUUCACUGUUGUUUUUACUCCCACCCAUACUGUCCAACAAUUACCUGGUAUAAAGACGGCGUGGAGAUUAAAGAUGAUCACCUUACAAUACGCAAAAUAAGACAGGGACUGACACUCAGAGUUUUUGCCAAAUUAGAUGCUGGAGGAAAUUACACGUGUACUGCGACCACGCCUUAUGGGGAAGUCAAAAGCCACACUAUCAGAAAUGUCCAAGUUAUCACUAGUAAGUUUGAUAUGUAUUCAUUGUACAUCAUAACAUUUUAUAUAUAAGAUAAGAUAAGAUGAACAAAUAAUGAAUAAAUAUUUGGUGUAUACGUAUACGUGUUACUGCUUGUCUUAAUUAGUACGGUAUAAAACAAAACGGUGAAUAUUUUAUUAGUGGAUUGAGUGAUAAUAUAUUCGUAUAUAGAUUAAAUUUAUCCAACACAUGCAGUCACAUAUGUAAUAAAAUAUAUUCAUCUCUGUGAUAGUUCAAAGAUAUUUCGGUACAGUUCAAUGGUGUUUCAGUGCUAAUUUCAUUUUCUUUUUUAAACUGAUCAGUAUUAACGGUUUCCAUGAUAUUGAUAUAUCUCGAAUUUUUCACGCCUAAAAUAAUCGUAUAUAUACUAUAUAGGGCCUAGUCAAAAUUCUGGACAUUCCUAUUUCAAACAAAUUAAUUUACUUCGUUAAAACUGGGAAAGUAUACGAAACCGUUGAACCAUCUAUCUCAUUCUACGCGGUUUUGCUUUUGUUUAUCUUAAUACAGAACGAAAUCAUGACUGACCAUAAAGCAUAUUGUCGUGAACUAUAACAAUCUUCAAUUCGCGUUAAUUUCUAUAGGGCGUUGGCGUUGUGCUGGGAAAUUGGCUGUGGUAAAGAUCCCUGAUACGAAUGUCAUUAAGGUAAAAAAAGGAAGCCGUCAGGUUCUUGAAUGGAAUUUUAUUUGUGCUGGAGACAUAAUUUUCAGCGCAGUCAUAUGCCGAAAUGGAAACCACGAUCUCAUAUCAAGUUUGGGUAGUUAUUACAAAAUAACUCGAAUGCGUUCACAAAAGAAUAACGAAGUUUCACUCCAACACACAAUAACUAUUUCCAACUUUUCAAGGAGUGAGAAUAUUACAUGUACAACUGAUGACAUCCAAGGUUCACCAUCGGCGACAUUCGUUCUUCUUGAAGAAGGUAAGGAGAUUCAUGUAAAGUAUAAAGGUUAGCGAUUAAUAUUUAUUUCUGAAAUAAGACACUCUUAACACUCUUAACAAUCCGUAGUUGACACUCUUAACAAUCCGUAUAGUUGUAUAACUAAUUAAGGAUAAAUAAUUAUUCGCCAAUGAGAAGUAAUUGUUGGGAAAUAUAAACCAUAUAACUGCCUGAGGCUGAGCGGAAUAAUCGGCAUCAAUUUCCCAACAAAAACAAAAGAAGGAGAUAGGAAAUUAAUGGCUUAACUUACAUUUGACUUAACUUAAGCAUACAGUGAUAGUUGGAAGCGGAUGCGUGUUUCGAAAGUCUUCUAUUAACGUUUGUCUGAAUUGAUAGGCCUUUUAGAAUUAUACGCAAUCCUCCUUUACUCUUUUUCCACAUGCAUCUUGUUUGGUGCAGGAAACAUUUUGACUCGGUUGUCUGCCUUCUUUGAUUAGCUAGGUUUCGAUCAUGACGGUGAUUGACGUCAAAAACAGGGUUAGCCAUAAAACUACUGCUAUAUAUGCGACCAAAUAACAAUAAGUUGAUUCUUGAAUAGUUGUCAGUCAAAUUGUUUUUUGAAAUAGUGACCGAAGUAUAAUUUUGUGCUCAUAAUGGCCAUAAAUUGCAAACUAAGGUCUUUAUUUCGCGUCGUUUUAUAUAGCAGUUUGUCAGCGAUGCUCUACUUCCCAAUAAUGGCAUUUUAUGAGAAUUUCAUUAAUUAAGCAUCAAACAAAAAAUGAAAAUGUUAUUUACCGCUUGGGUUGACCGCACCAAAUAUAUAUUUUUCAAAAGUAUCCCAGCCACUCUCAGCCUAUUGACACAUGUAACAAUUUUUAAUGCGUAAAAAAAUACCAGAUGAAUAGGACCUAACGAUGUAUGAAUUAUUCUCACAUGGGUAUGAGAAUGUUAUGCUCGUAGAUGUACAAUAGUGCUGAAAAUAUGAAAUUCCCUCUUUCGUUAGAAAGCUCUCUAGCAUUGAGUGCAUCGCAAACAAAUGAAGAUUUUCCCAGACGUAUUAUUCUCAAUAUUAUUUUAUUUUAUGCGUAUAGGUCAACCGUCGGUUGUUGAUCAAAGACAAAAAGACGAAAAAAGUUUUUUCAAAGAGAAAGGAGUUUGGUUAGUGGCUGGUGGCUGUGUAUUACUGUGUCUUGUUGUAGCUCUUUUACUUCUAUGGUUAAGAAGGAAUGCUAUAUGGAAAUAAACCGAUCAGUUAGCUAAAAUGUAUUCGCAAGUAUAACGAACGUGAACUCCUGCUACUAUAUGUUAAUUUCAGGACAAUCGUUAUUAUAAACACACACACACACACUGUUGUUGUUUUUUUGAGAUAUAACGAAAAACUAUAUUACGCUC